AAUAACUAAGACACAUCUAAAUGUGUUGUAAACAAAUCUAAACAUUAUCAAUGUUAAGUUUGCCAGUCUGAGUAGAUUUUUAAUCGAGUUCAUAAUCGACGCACCACCUUUUGCCCAACCAGAAGCCGAAUCAAACUAACUAGAAACCGUAUCAAACAAUUACUGUGCCUCGAUAAACAAUAAUGCUACACGUACGAAGGAAUACGGGGUUUUACACAAAACAGCUGGAAACCCCGCCGGUAAUAGAUCAGGCACGCCGAACUGAAAAAGAGAAGCGGCGAUGGCCGCCGGCUGGUCCUCCCUCCCCGCCAAUAUUCUCAAUGAGAUCUCGGGUCGCCUGAACACCGACGCAGACCAGCUCCACGCCCACCAGGUAUGCGCCCACUGGCGAGCCUCAAUUUCUCCUCCGGCCGCCUACCGCCCGUGGGUCGUCGCCGCCCGACAGGCCCCCGACGGACUGAGCCCAGUCGGCGAGUACUCCCUCCAGCUCCCUCGCGGCGUCCCGGGCGUCGACUUCAAGGCGGCCCCACCCGGCCUCCCGUACUGCUGCGGCACGCCUCGCGGCUGGCUCGCCCUUGCGGACGAUGUCCGAUCCCCCACGCGGCUCGUGCUGUGGGAGCCCCACUCCGGCACCGAGAUCCCGCUUCCAUGCCUGUCUUCAGUCAUACAGGUCUUCCUUUCCGACGACCCGCUCGAGUCGUCGCACUGGAUGGCCGUCGCGACCCAGCUCAGACGGCCCCGGGCGCAUAUCAUCUUCUUCUGGCGGCCCGGGGACGCCGCCUGGAGCGGCCCGGCCAAGGUUCCUUGUGCAAAACUCCACAGCGUCGAAUUCCAUGCGGGGAACAUAUACUGCAUAGACCGCAUGUCUAACCUGUCCAUCUACGAUCUCAAGCUCGGCACAACGUCUCCUCCCGUGCUCCUCGAGUGCUUGGGCAUGUCCCCUAGUCAGUUGUCAGAGUCGUUGGUUACCCGCAUGUCUGUCAAGGAACGCGUGCGUGCAGUGCACGUCGUGGCCUGCCGUGGCGAGCUCCUGCUAGUGCUGCUGUUCCACGGCCGCCACCCGUCCCUCAUGGAAGUCUACAGGCCGUCGUGGACGCUCGGAUGCGCCUUCCAGGUCGGUGAGAGGGUGACUGACCUCGGCGGCUACACGCUCUUCCUCGGCCGUGGCGACGCAGUUGCACUGUCUGCCAAGGAGUACCCUGCGAUCAGGGGGAAUUGCAUUUACUACCUGGUGCACAAUCUCCCCAAGUACAGGAAGCAUUGGGCAAUCGUGUUUGAUCUGGGGACGGGGGAUGUGGACGAUAUACCUUACCCUGAGGUGCACAAGCAGGAGAAUGGUUGCUGGCCAUACUCUUGGUUCUGUCCUCGAAGGCCCUUCCUGAAGAAGCAGUUAGCUUGAGCAAUAAGCAGGGACUUUGAAAAUUAGUCUUCAGAAUAAGCUUCUUUGAAUAGGGAAUUUCCUUAUGAAAUUCCUGUUGUAACUGUUUAAACCAUAGGAUUUCGUUAUGAACUUCCUAUUGUAACUGUUGAAGUGCAGAAUUUUCUUAUAAAUUUCCGAGAUUAUAUCAAAACUUUUGAAUAUCUUCCGGUGGAUUUUUUACCUUUGGAUCAGCAUUUGAGGUUUGUGCUGUAUUGGACCAUCUGUCUCCAGAUAAUGGGCUUGUUCAAAGCUGAUUUGCCGAUGCCUUAUUUUGUUCCCCGCAGAAGGACAAGAGAUCAUCUUGUCUCAGGAAGGAAGACAAUGGGAAGAGUGUCACCGAGUGUUUGCGGCGAGUGAUCCUGCUAGGUGACAGGAGGCUCAGCAACGAGUGCUGAGACAGAUGUUUGACCCCAGCAGUGUUCCAGAGCAGAGAGUUACACGCCCUGGCCCCUGGGGCGCAACACUGAGCAGCUGCCUCCUAUUCAGUAUUCUACUGAUGUUCUCCUCUCGAGCUGCCUCUAUUGUAUGUGUCCUGGCCCUUUGGUGGUUCAAAGCUUCUCUUGCCACCUCUGCAUGAUCAGUUUGCCUGGGAAUCCUGCUGCCAUCUGGUACCUAUCUCUACGACCUUCUGCUACCCUGUUUAAUUUGGAUACUAGCAGGGAAUGGCGCGGUGGCACGCAGCGCCCAUGAGGGAGCCCGUGUGUGCAUUUUUGUUUUUUCUUUUGUUAAAAAAAUAAAUAGUGGAUCGAGAAAGGAGCUGGUGGACCAGAAGUUUUAUUUAACAAGCAGUUUCAUGCAUGUCCUUCAAUAGUUUUCUUCAUAAAGAAGUAGAUGAAUAAUAGAUGCAGCAACUUAACACCUAAGCAGAGGGAUAUUAUUAUGACUGAAAGGAGAUAAGUUCAAAAGGCUAUGAAAACACAAGGUACUUAGUUCAAAAGAAAACAAUGCUUAGAGAAUAGAGACCCUUGUAUAAUUGCAAAAUAGACAAUAACAUCUUUGAUUAUUAUGACACAGUUUGCUUCGAACAUGUUCUCCUUCUGAAGAUUAGUUUUCUCUUCCUCGUGGCUCUUUGGAGGAAACAGCUCUUCUGUGGCACGUCUGCAUGUAGUUCAGAUCCAAUCUUUUUUUUUUUUGUAAUAGAAUUCGUUGCCGUUGUUUCAGAUCCAAUCUUUCUAGCCGGCGACGACAUAAGGAAUUGAGAAAGUCAGAACAUACAAACCGUUGAACCAGUGUAUUUGAAAGGGCAAUGAUGGGCGCCGGUGCGCCGGCCCAAAGUUUGGGCCGGUCGCACCCUGAGCGUUCGAUGCACUACCCACUCACCGUCCAGAUCGAGCCUAUGCUUCGUUCUCAUCCUGCGUAUGUCUUCUUCCCCAAAUACGCUAGACUGUCUUCUUCCCCAGAUACGCUAGAAAGGAGCGACGGGGAGCGCCGACGGCGACCAUGGUCCUAGCCAUGGGAGCGCGCCU